CGAGGAUCGAAACGUCUCCCUUACAACUUCCUAUCUAACUUUCGCUCACUUUCGACCUAACCCUACCUCUUAUCUGCACAAUGGGAGCUAAAGUGCCCAGAAAUUUCAGACUGCUCGAAGAGCUGGAGAAGGGUGAGAAGGGCUUGGGAGCUGAGUCAUGCUCCUAUGGUCUUGCAGAUGGUGAAGACAUGAUGAUGAGUAACUGGAACGGCACUAUUCUUGGCCCCCCUCACAGUGUCCAUGAGAACAGAAUUUACAGCGUCAACAUCCAUUGCGGUCCGGACUACCCUGACAACCCCCCUACUAUUCAGUUUGUAUCCCGAGUCAACUUGCCAUGCGUUGAUGGCCGGAGCGGAAAGGUCGAUCCUACCAAGCUGCCUUGCUUGGCUCAGUGGAAGCGCGAGUAUACCAUGGAAACUAUUCUAGUCGAGCUCAGAAGAUAUAUGGCUCUGCCCCAGCACAAGAAGCUUCCGCAGCCUCCGGAAGGCUCGAACUUCUAGAAUAACGGUAUCAUGACUGGUUGGGGACACGAAAGCGGAGUAUAUGGUUGGUUUCUAAGUCAGUUUCAUCUGCAUUUCUUUUCAAUGGCUUAUUAGAGCAUGUACAGUCUAUGCAUAACGGCGGGCAUGGCGCGGUCUUCUUUGAAG